AUGUUACGGCGUUUUGUACACGGCAAUUGGGUGACAACAGCCGCAUUGGCAGCAACUGCAAGCAACAUUUUUUCUCGACAAACGUAUGAUUUACGCUUGAAAUCGUCGACUGCGAAUCCAGUGGCUUCUGCAAAAAAGGUACCACCGAUGAGACCAUCUGUCUCUGCCCAUGAUUUUAAAGGUUCCAUUUUAAGGAACCGUAUUUGGGAGACGUAUCCAGCGGGUGAACAUGUCACCGUGUAUGUUGACUCUGGUGUCUACGCUUGGAUAGUUAUGGACCGUGCUGGAUCCAGUGCCAACGCACUGGGUGAAGCCUUUGUGGGUUGUAUGCAAAAGGCACUGGAUAUUGUGGAAAAGCUUGUAGUUGAUAAAAAGGCUUGUGUUGCCAUUAUAGCAAGUGCCAAGUCUAAUUUUUGUGUGGGUGCGGACUUGGAUCAAUUAUACCCACUUACAGAAAAAAAGAUGGCGGCGGAGGCAACCCGUAUGGGUCACGAACUUUUUGACCGUAUUGAGAAGGAGCCCUUUCCAGUUGUGGCGGCCAUUAAUGGUCUUGCCCUGGGUGGUGGAUUUGAAUUAGCACUGGCUUGUCAUCAUCGAUUGCUGGCUUCCGAUGGGUCGGUGGGAUUGCCGGAGUGCUUACUGGGUGUGCUUCCUGGCGCAGGCGGCACCGUACGUCUGCAGCGUCUUACCGGGUUAAUGACGGCGGUGGAGUGGAUCAUGACAAGUGCAACUGCGAAGGCACAAAAGGCAAAGAAGGCGGGUGCAGUGAAUGCGGUGAUUCCAGCGGAAGACCGUUGGAAUGGGGAGGAUCGUUUCUUUAAUCAAGUACGGCGAUGGGUUGGUGGUUUGGUGGAUAAACCCCUAAAGCCGUCACGGGGCAAAAACCUCUCACUUAUGGAUUGUUUUCUGCAGCGCACUUCGAUUGGACGAAGAAUAAUUGGCAAAAAGACAAUUGAAUCUUUGAAUUCAAAAACAAAAGGGAAAUACAUUGCACAAUACAAAGCAUUGGAGGCUGUUUUAUAUUCCGCUACCCAUUCCAAUGCGGAGGGUUUUGCCAGGGAACGUGAGGCAUUCAGUGAACUUUUGGUGACACCUGAGGCUAAAAAUCAGAUGGCCCUUUACUUUCUUGAUGAAGGUAUGAAAAAGAGUGAACGCAAAACGGGAAUUCCAAAAGAUAAAGUACCCCCUGUGCGAACUGUUGGUGUAAUUGGUGCAGGUGUCAUGGGAUCUGGAAUUGUGCAUCACUUUGCUAACAAGGGCAUACCUGUUGCGGUGAAAGAUGUAAAACAAGAAGCCGUGGAUAAAGGUAUUGAAAUGGUACGUGGGGAGUUUGAAAAGGCAAUGAAAAGAAAGAAAAUAACACCUGCCAUCAUGCAGGAAAGAAUGAGAAUCGUUAAAGGUGGGACUUCAAGCAGUAUCUUUCAAGGAAUGGAUGUAAUUGUGGAGGCCGCAGUGGAGGUGAUGGAUAUUAAAAAAAAUAUUAUUCGGGAUUUGGAAAAGGAAGGAAUUAUCAACGGUAAGAACUUAUUUGCCACAAAUACUUCCUCGCUCAGUUUAACUGAGAUGCAGACGGUAUCCAAGUACCCGGAGAACAUUGUGGGAAUGCACUUUUUUAACCCUGUGUCUAAAAUGCCAUUGGUGGAGGUGAUUAAAGGGAAAAAAACCUCUAAAGAAGCGGCUGCCAUUAUUUUUAAUUUGGCUUUACGGACCGGAAAGAAACCCAUUAUUGUGCAGGAUGCACCAGGUUUUGUAGUCAAUCGAAUUCUUGGUGUCUACAUGGCUGAAGCAGGUCGUCUUGCCGUGGACGACAAGGUUGACCUGGCUCGGAUUGAUAAGGCCAUACUUGAUUUUGGCAUGCCAAUGGGACCAUUUCGACUUUUGGAUGAAGUUGGAUUGGAUGUUGCAUGUCAUGUGGGACCAAUUCUAACCGACGGUAUCAAGUCUAAACGUUUUGCUGUGGCCUCGGAUGUUCAGCGGAUGGUAAAGGAUGGAUACCUUGGCAAGAAGAACGGCAAAGGAUUCUACAAAUAUGAUAAUAAAGGCAAAGAAGUGGAAGAACGCGAAACAAAGAAACA